CGAGAGCCGGGGCUGAUGGGAGUCUCACUUCCAAUAUGGCUGAAGAUCCCGGAGGGUUGUAUUUUAUUCACCGAACAAUUUUCUCUUUUCUUUCCGUUUUUCCUGUUGGCUUUGCAACAUGGAAGGACUCUCGAUAGCGUGUUUCGGUUCCGUGUCGUCGCCGCCGCCGCCAUGCCAAAGAAAGGGAACAGAAAACGGCUGAAAUACCGGGGAAACAUUUCUUCUGAAGCAGUUACUGUGGCAGAUUAUGCCGAUUCAGACCCAGCUAUUGUGAAGACUGGUAGAGUAAAGAAAGCUGUGGCGAAUGCAAUUCAAAAAGAAGUAAAGUUGCUAUGUGGUUUGGAGGCAUCUCAAGUCCCUGUAACAGAAGAAGCUCUUUCCUCUGUAGCUGAGGAUCAUUUGGACUGUGACAGCAGUGAUGAAGUAGAUGCUGAUGGUCACUCCAAUGAGUUGAAGGUCUCUAGGAAAAAGAAAAGCAAAAGACAGCAAGUGGAGGAUGCAGAGGACUGUGGAGAACAGUAUCCUAUAGAUAUUUGGUUAUUUCUGGCAUCUUACAUACGCCCUGAAGAUAUUGUUAAGUUUGCCCUCAUUUGUAAAAAUGCUUGGGCUGUUACCUGUACAGCUGCUUUUUGGACCAGAUUAUACAAGAGGUAUUACUGUCCAGAUGUGUACUUGCCUGAACGUUUGCAACGUGAAGUCAUAGGAAGGUUGAGUUCGCUGCGUGCCUGUGUGAUUCGUUCUUUGUACCACAUGUAUGAGCCAUUUCGUUCUCGUCUGUUAGAGAAACCAGCAAUUCCCGAGUCAACUCCAACCACGUUACAGAAUUGCAGUUGCUUGCUGUACUGGUGCAAGAAAGGAAGUGGAAAUAGGUCAGACCAAAGAUGGGAGUUCAACUACAAAUUCAAAAAGCAGUCUCCUAAGUUGAAGAAUGGCUGUCGAAAUGGACUUCAGUUUCCCAGACAGUACGAACAAGUACACAAGAACCCUGACCAAGACUGCUACUUAUUACAGAUCACUACUUUCAACUUCAUCUUCACACCUGUGGUUAUGGGAAUGACAUUAGCUUUGUUUACAAUAAAUGUGAGCACUGAUAUGAGGCACCAUCGAGUCAGAAUGCUCUUUCAAGACUCCCCACUUCCACAAGGCAAGAAGCCUAAAAAGGACCAAGGACUCCAAGUUAUUUUGGAUCCUGUGCAUAGCGUGCGUUUACUGGACUGGUGGCAUCCACAAUAUCCCUUUUCUGCCAGUAUUUAAUAUUAUUUCCCUUUAAAAUGACAUAAAACUGAAAGGAAAAAUAUUGGACACUAAAAUGAAUUGCAUGUUAGAUAUGGAGAAUGAAUUCAGUUUUUAGAGGAGUGACUUAUGGAAUGUAGAAUUUUGUGAUUCAUAAAUGUCAAAGGUAUUUGCCGCUGAAGUGCAAAUAUUGAGGGCUGAAAUGUGAACUCCAUUUGGAGCCCCAUAUCUGAGAAUCAGGGAAAACUAAUCUUGUCUGAAAAGUAAUUUAUAUAAAGGUAGUUCAACUUCACAUGUUUCUCAUUAUUUUAUACAUAUACAUUUUGCAGAAUGCUUGAUGUUGCGGGGAUUGGUUUUCUCUUGCUUGAUUAGUAUGAAAUUGUUAAAUACUUGCAGUGAUGUACAAAGGGUAGGAAGCUGCAUGCACAGAGUACCCGUCACUUGUGACACAUUCAUGUAGUGUGCAUUGUUUUUAGUUGGUAUUGACAGUAACCAAUAAAAACAUUGCUCUCUUUAUAAUGUAUUUCCACAAAAGGUUAUUGCAAAACCAGUUUUCUGGACAAGCUUGCAAUAGUACUUCAUUACCAUUAAACACACUUCACUCUAGUAAAACUUACAGGGCAUCAUGAUCAUCAUCAUGAAUCAUUAGAAGACUUUGGAGCCAGAAGUUAACUUGUUACAAAGAGAAUCUUUGUAUGGAACAUUAUUUUGAAGUUCCCAUUUUUCUCUGAUCUUUACAUACUAUUUUAAUUCUGCUCAAUUAGAAACCGAUUAAAAAUGUAAGACGUUAGUUUUGUUCUGUGUAAUUUGUUGAUGGGAUUUUGAUUGCCAGUGGGGCAUUGAUUGACACAACUUUAGAAAUGCACAAAAGAAUUUUGAAUUGAACUUGAAAAGCAAAAAACUGCAGGUACUGAAUUUUGAAUUUUAAGUUGAUAAUUUAAACCUCACCCAUUCAGUUUAUCUGGGCCAUUUUUGAACCUCUGGAAAACUUAAAGUCCAUUUAUGUUUCCAAUAAUCUGAUAAUCCUGUCACAUUUUUGUAUAUGGGAUUGCUAAUAGUUUCCUUCAUCAGUCAAACAGGUUGCAUUUAAGGAUUCGCUUCUUGCUAUCUGAGGACAGAAACUGUCGUGCACAAUGCAUGAAAGGUACUGAUGCUUUUUAAUGAAGAUCUUUUGGGAACACUAAAAGUGACUGAUCUUGUCAAUCACAAAUUUUGUUUGUUUCAGUUUCAUACUCCUUGCUGCAGUCCAGUUUUUGACUAAGCAAAACUGCAGAGCUUGAUUUGUUUUGAAUUAGUCUCCACUACUUUUAACAUGCUACCUGACUCCUUUAAAGACCUUAAAAUGGUGAGAGGUUGAGCACUUCAUUGGUCUAUCUUGGAAGGCAAACAUGCUACGUUAAUGAAGUAAAAUAAUCCCAAUCCCAAAUGAAUCUUAACUUGUUUAGCAAAAUAAAUUACUGUUCAAGUGGAAUUUGAAAAAAAUUAGAAGUAUAAUUGAUUACAAUGUCGUGGAUAGAUACAGGUCUUGUGUUUCUGAUUGACCAAUUUGAUUAUGGCAGGAAAUUGUAGCAAUACUGAUUUUUGCACAGCACAUGGCAAUUUAUUUAAGUUUAGUGGCACAUAUUUUACUGUCAUGUGAAGCUGACAGAGCAGUGUUCAUUCCAAUGUAGGCACUUAAGCCAAUGUAUGAAAAUAAUAUUGAAGAUUUUGAGUUUCUUUCAUUAGUAUUUUACAAGAAGUACUUUGUAUUUGAGCUUUUUGCAAAAACUUUUUUCAAAUGUACACGUACAACAUGUUUAAACACAGUUUAGGAGUUGAGUUUGUAGAUGCAUUGGUUCUAAAAUGGCGCUGCAUAUGCACAAAAUUCAGACAUUUACAGCUGAGCUUAAGAAAGUUGCAGAUAUUUUAGCUUUUGGGAAACCAUUGGGACAUUGCUAAUAUUUUACUUCAAGACUUUUUUCUUGAAAUUGUUGGAAUAAGCCUUUAAUUAUGACUGUUUGGUUCAAAUUUACCAUCUGGUACAUUAAUUUACUAGUAUAUGUAUUCAAACAAUAAACCAUUUGCCAACUUUGUUUUAAAACUUGUAUUUUAACCAUGGAAUGUAAAGUUAAAUGUUCAAUUUUCAACUGGGAAUGAUACAUUCGUAGAUCAAAAUUAACAUGCUGUGAAAAUCCUAGCUUGCUAUUGUCCCAUAUUACACUUCGUUUAUCUUUUCUAAAAGCAAAAUCUAGUAUCUUUCAUGAAAUGUAACUGAUUAUUCACUAAUGCAGGUACCAUACAUUUGGUCCAUGUUCCAGAUAAUUGAGAAAUUCUAGGUAACAUUGAAGAAAUCUUUCGUUAGAUGUGAAAGUGAUUUGUCUUCUUGGAAUGUUGACUUUUGUGAAAAUCAGCAUCUUGUGUAUAGUAGCAUGUCCAGGAUAAUGUAUUUCAUCUGAAGUUUGUUUCACCUUAGAAACCUAUUUGCUUUGAGAUUUCUUUUAUAUAAUAAACUUUAUUUCACCAAGCCUUCUGGCAGUACACACAAAAGGCAGGCAAAUGUUUAAUGAAUAGUAAUCGAAGUUUAUAUUUGGGUGAUGCAUUUUUUUUUGACACAGGUAUAUUGAUAGCCUAGUUUUUACACAGAUAUUGAAGAUCAUCUGAUAUAGAGAUCAGGUAUUGAGCUAUCAUUCAAUUUUUUGGAUAUGUAUUGAGACCAUUAAUUCUUCUCCCUGGUAAUUUUCAGAAAUGCAAAAGUCCAGGUACUGCUGGUUACAUGCAUGCUACUGAAGUACAGCUGUAAUGAACUAGAUUCUUCCCAUUAGAUUCAAAGACACUGGACAGAAGUUAAUGAUUUAUCCGUCUGUGUUCUGAGUAGGAAAUUUUAAUAAGUAGUGGAUCUAAAUGUUGCUUAAAAAAACUUAAUUUUCUGAUUCUGGAUUUAGUCCACUUGUGGUAUUUGAAUUAAUACAUGCCCAGUUAGAGAUAUGAAGAUAUUGGAGGAAAGUAAUUAAGCUUCACCGUCAAAUAUAACUAAAUCUAAUUGUUGGCAUGUUAUUAUGAUGUGAUUUAAAAUUGAGAUCUGCAAAGUUAUGUAAAUAUCCUAUUUUGAAACUAACGUCUAUUAAGAUUAAAUAUUUAAAGUACCACUGAGUGGACAAAACAGAUGUGGAUUUAUUCAUGUGAAGUGCUGAUAUAGUCAAAAUUUCACUGCUAUUGAACAUGUACUAUAAUUGCAGCAAGCCAGAAAUCUUUGAAUUGUACUCUAAACUGGUCAAUUCUAUUUGAGCAUUAUGUUGAAAUUGUACGGCUAAAUAUUAUUCAAAUCAACUGAAAUUUAUCAUGGUUACUUUAACUGGACUAUGUAAGUGUUGAACUUGAUGUAGGUUGACAACUGAUGAGCAUGAUUUCCUGCGUUCAUUUCUUGAAGUUUCUUUCAUUGGACUAUUAGAAUUUCCAUUUUAAAAUGUAGAACGUAAAUUUUAUGGAAAUUUAAGUAGCAUAUUUGCUAAACAAAUAAUUUUUCGAAUGGCAUUAUUUUCAUUUUUAGACUAGAGUUUCAGACCCCAAUAAAGUUCAUGUAAGAUCGUCUGAUGUUAUAAAUUCUUUCUUUGUUACAAGUUGUGUUGAUGAAUUUCUAAACUGAACACCAUGUUACCAGCUUCAUUGGGAAACUAAAGUGAAACCAAUUUUUCACUUUUGAGUUUUGUUUAAACAAGGACAUUUUCAUUUAUGGGGUGAGUAAAUAGAUGUUUGUAUUCUCAUAAAACAAUUGGAGAGCCUUUUCAACUUCAUUUGAUCACCGGCCAUAUGUGGCAAUAUUUGGGUGAUUCAAAUUUUAAGGGGCAUUCAAGAGAAGAGUGGGUGAAAUUUAGGGGAGGAAUUGCAGAGAUAGAAACUGUUAACUGCAUAUCUCAAUAUUGCUGGUGGAAAUAUUAAGAUCUGGGAUUAUCAGUAGGACAGAACUGGAAUAUAGAUAACUCAUUUGGUGUUUAUGGCUAUUUUGCAAACAUUGUGACCUCUGUGUCCCUUGCAAACCUGCCAGUUUCAAAAAUGAACACUUUAUAAAACUGAACAUUACUUUGAAGUGUUUUAAUGUUACUGAUAUUUAUCUCUAAAUUGCAUAACUUUUUCUGAUUGUACACUAUUGCUGAAUAUACAUUCAACAAAUAAAGAUAAACCACAAUCUUGAAGUGAC